AUGAAAGAAUAUCAAGCAUAUUUCUACGCUGUCUGUCUUUGCACUUUGUUUUAUAUCGGCACUGUACUCUUCUACCGAUUGGUACUAAGCCCCUUGGCGAAAUUCCCCGGCCCUCGCCUGGCAGCCGCCACGCACCUCUACGAAACCUACUUCCAGAUCAUCAAAGGGGGUACAUUCACCUGGCAUAUUAAUGACCUUCACAAACAAUAUGGUCCUGUGGUCCGAAUAUCUCCGUGGGAGAUACACAUCAAAGACCCCGACUACUAUAACACCGUCUACGCUGGUCCGGGAAAGCUCCGCAACAAAGAUCCUUUGUUUAGCUGCAUUAGGUAUCCCAAGUCAAUCUUCUCUCACAAAUCUUAUCGACCUUGGAGAAGGCUUUUAGGCCAUUUUUUGGAGAAGGGCGCUAUCCUCGAACUUGAACCGGUGGUAAAGGCAAAUACACUAUCACUAUGUAAGCACUUCGCGGCGGCGGUCAAAAGCAACGAGGCUUUGGAACUAUAUACGGCCUUUCACUGCUACACUAGUGAUACCCUCUCUCAACAUGCUUUCGGGCACGACCUUGGGUUCCACUACUUAGAUGAACCGCAACUAGCCAAUAAUUGGAAGACCAAGGUGAAUUCGAUGUUUCAACUCAGUCGGCUAUUCCGACAUUUCAACUUUGAGGGUGACAUAGCGCACUUGAUUCCACGUCCGCUUGCGUUAGCGGUUCCCCAAUAUGCGCUUUUUUAUUCAGUGGAACAGGAUGUGAAACUUCGAGUCCAGCAGUUGAUAGAUCAGUAUGAUCAAUGGGAGGUUGAGGCGCAGUCGACUAGUCACGCAGCAGAACGGCCUUUCUUGAAGACUUCAAAUGCAAUCUAUCCGGCAAUCCUGGCUAACCCAGACGUGCCUCUGCUCGAAAAGAGUCAUUCUCUGUUGGAGGAUGAUGCUAUAUUUCUCAUGCAUGCGGGUACAGAUGCCCCGUCGCAAACCAUUGCCAUGACCAUGUUCCAAAUACUCAACAACCCUACAACAUAUCAGAGACUUAAGGAGGAGCUCUUCACUGCUAUCCCAGAUGUGACAGCCACUCCAAAUAUGGAUCGAUUGGAACAAAUGCCUUAUUUGACCGCAACAAUCAGAGAGGGUCUCCGCCUUGCCUCUGUCGUGACAACUCGGCCGCCUUGCUCGGCACCAGAUGAGGUCCUGCGAUAUCGACAGUGGGAUAUCCCUGCUGGGACGUUUAUCUCCAUGUCUACGUACUUUAUUUUAAGGGACCCAGAGAUCUUCCCCGAGCCUGACAAAUUCCUACCAGAGCGGUGGCUACUCGAGCCGGAGGAAUUGCGGAAACUUGAGAAAUAUCUCGUUCCGGCAUCAAAAGGAAUAUUGGGUUGUCUAGGACAACAGUACGUUUCCCCAAUGGCUGAGGCAUGA